CGCGCGGCGGAGGAUGCCCGCCACCCGCGAGCGGCGCGGGCGCAGCGACGAGUCGGAGGGCAGCGACGGCAGGGACAAGAAGAGAAGGAAAUUGGUUCUCAGCGUCUCCAACCUGAGCAGAAACGUGAAUCAGGAACAUUUAAAAGAGAUUUUCGGCAAUUAUGGGAAGGUCAAGGACGCGACCCUCGCGAUCGACAAGGUCGUUGGCCUCCCGAAGGGCUACGCCUACGUAGAGUUCUCUUCCGAGCGGGAGGCGGACAGCGCCGUCUCGCACCUGCACGGCGGCCAGAUCGACGGCAACGUCAUAAAGGUCGAGUGGCAGGACCAGCGGAAGAAGCAGCCGGCAAGAGUAGAGCCCCCCCCGCGGCCACCGCCGCCGGAGCCGAGAAAGGCCGAGGUGCGGAGUCGCGCGCCCCCGGCGCGGGCCGACCGGGACCGAGAACGGGACCGGGGCCGCGACGAGCGGAAGGAGCCGCGGAGGGACGACCGCAAGGACCGCGACAGGGACGACGACCGCAAGCGGGCGGGCGACCGCGACCGGGACAGGGAACGGGCGAAGGAGAAGGCCAGAGACGAAGACCGUCGCGACCGGGAUCGAGACGGCAAGAAGGACAGCGACAGAAGAGGCGACAAAGAUAAAGAUCGGGCCAAGGAGCGGGCCAGUGACAGGGAGAAGGAUCGACCCAAGG